GACCCCAUUACAUUUUUGGGUCUAAACACUUUACAACUCCAAACUCCUAAACUGUGCAACCUAGGCUUUAUAAUUUUGAAGAAAGCAACCUUUGAGCCUCUUAAUAGGUGGAUCUCAAACCUAGAAGGGAGACGCCAAUUGACAGUGUGAGAAGAGUGCAAAAAAUAUGGGUGAAAUGGCAGAGAACGAUGAGUUUUACCUGAGAUAUUACGUUGGCCACAAAGGUAAAUUUGGACACGAGUUUUUAGAGUUCGAGUUUAGGCCAGAUGGAAAGCUCCGUUAUGCUAACAAUUCAAACUACAAAAACGAUACUAUGAUUCGCAAGGAAGUUUUCCUUACCCCUUCUGUUCUCAAAGAAUGUCGCCGCAUUGUUGCUGAAAGCGAGAUCAUGAAGGAAGAUGAUAACAACUGGCCUGAACCAGAUAGAGUGGGGAGGCAGGAGCUUGAGAUUGUGAUGGGAAAUGAACACAUAUCAUUCACUACAUCUAAGAUUGGUUCACUAAUGGAUGUGCAGACCAGUAAAGAUCCCGAGGGACUUCGUAUCUUCUAUUAUCUUGUUCAGGAUCUGAAGUGUUUUGUGUUUUCUCUCAUCUCGCUCCAUUUCAAGAUCAAACCCAUUUAACUCGUGCUUAUGGCGUGUUAAAAGUUUAGCAGGAUGUGCUUGGCGUCAUGUUCUGAAUCGUGUAUCCCCUAAGAGAUAAUGCCGUUUGGUGGUGUUCUGUUCUGUUUUUUAUUUUUAAAUGAUGGACAAGUCUUAGACAUUAUUUGCGUAUCUUUCCUUUUUAUUCAUCGUUUCUGUUUCUGUAUAUUUGGUCAGUUGUUCUGUAGCAACAUUGGAAGCACGAGGUUUUUCGUCAUGUAAUGUCUUGUGAGAUUUGUUUCCGGUA